CCCUUACAAAUAAAUGCUUGUAGUCAAUGUUGUUGUCCGCUGUGCGUUCCGACCGUUGCACUCUGUAUCGAAAUGGGCUGUGGCGCAAGCAGAGAGAAGCUUAACUCUACGGACGAAUGGCAUAGGAACCGGGGGAUCGACAAUGGCAUCAAGAGCGACAAAGUGGCACAGCGAAAGGAGAUCAAGAUCUUGCUCCUCGGGGCUGGUGAGUCGGGGAAAUCAACAUUAUUGAGGCAGAUGAAGCUCAUCCAUGAGGGGGAGUAUUCCAUCGAGGAGCGCAAAUGGUACAGACCAGUCGUCUUCAGCAACACGGUUCAGUCCAUGGCUGCUGUCGUAGACGCUAUGGAACCUCUCGGCAUUUCCUUCGCCGACGAAACUCUCCGAGACAACGCCCAACUACUCGCCGACCAGCCUGACAGGAUCGAGGACGAAAGUCUACCGGAGUCGAUUGGGGCAGCGAUUUCUCUGCUUUGGCGUGAUGCCGGCGUGCGGGAGUGUUUCGACAGGUCGCGCGAGUAUCAGUUGAACGACUCUGCCAAAUAUUACUUUGAUUCGAUUUCCCGGAUUGCAUCUCCUGGCUAUGUCCCUAGCGAUCAAGACGUGCUCCGCACACGAGUAAAAACUACCGGCAUAACAGAAACUCGAUUUACUGUAGGAAGCCUGACUCACCGCGUCUGCGACGUGGGUGGCCAGCGCACCGAGCGAAGAAAAUGGAUCCACUGCUUUUCAGACGUAAAAAUAAUCAUGUUCGUCGCGGCCAUCUCAGAAUACGAUCAGUUGUUGUUCGAGGAUGGCACAAUAAAACGCAUGGACGAAGCCCUAGUGUUAUUUGAAUCUAUCGCUAACUCGCAAUGGUUUAUCGGCACGCCUUUUAUUCUGUUCUUUAACAAGAUCGAUAGACUGAAAGAGAAGUUGCAGAUGCUUCCUUUGGUAGAGUACUAUCCGGAUUUCGCAGGUGGCGAAAAUUACGCUGCGGCAUGCGCUUAUUUCUCGAAACGCUUCACCUCGCUGUGUCACGACGAUUCAAAACCCAUAUACACGCAGUUUACAUGCGCGACAGAUUCCAAUCAAGUGGAGUUGGUCAUGUCAGCAGUCAACGAUAUUAUUGCCAAAAGUUUUCUAGAAUCCAGCGUAGUAGUUUGA